ACUCUAAACAAUGCCCAUUGUAGUUAUCUAGACUGUGUUCGGGAACGUUCGAUCGCUUUGCGGGGCAAAUCAUCAAUUUCGAACAUCACCUCCGUCUCUCCCCCACACCUCCCCUAAGCUCCGCACACAUCACCAUGUCUUCCUCCGCCGUGGUCCAAAGUGACGACCUCGACAUGGAUCCCACGCUCCAGUCGAUCAUCGACCAAAAAACCCUCCGCUGGAUCUUCGUCGGUGGCAAAGGUGGUGUGGGUAAGACCACGACCUCCUGCUCGCUCGCCAUCCAGCUUGCCAAAGCCCGCAAAUCCGUGCUCUUGAUCUCCACCGAUCCCGCUCACAACCUGAGUGAUGCCUUCGGACAGAAAUUCGGAAAGGAGGCUCGUCUUAUUGACGGAUAUGACAACCUGAGCGCUAUGGAGAUCGAUCCCAAUGGCAGCAUCCAAGAUCUCCUGGCGAACGGAGACGGUCAGGAGGAUAUGGGUGGAAUGGGCAUGGGAAAUAUGAUGCAGGAUCUUGCUUUCAGCAUUCCUGGUGUUGAUGAGGCCAUGUCUUUCGCCGAAGUCCUGAAGCAGGUCAAGUCUCUCUCUUACGAGGUUAUUGUUUUCGAUACUGCUCCCACCGGCCACACCUUGCGUUUCCUCCAGUUCCCGACAGUUCUUGAGAAGGCUCUCGCGAAGCUGUCCCAGCUCUCGUCGCAGUUCGGACCCAUGCUCAACUCGAUUCUGGGCGCACGGGGCGGUUUGCCCGGUGGACAGAACAUGGACGAGUUGCUACAGAAGAUGGAGUCGCUGCGGGAGACCAUUAGUGAGGUCAACACACAGUUCAAGAACGCCGAUAUGACCACCUUUGUCUGUGUGUGUAUUGCGGAGUUCUUGUCGCUCUAUGAGACCGAGCGUAUGAUCCAGGAGCUGACUAGCUACGGCAUUGAUACCCAUUCGAUUGUUGUGAACCAGUUGCUUUUCCCCAAGGAGGGCAGUGGCUGUGACCAGUGCACUGCGCGGAGGAAGAUGCAGAAGAAGUACCUGGAGCAGAUUGAGGAGUUGUACGAGGACUUUAACGUGGUUCGCAUGCCGCUAUUGGUGGAGGAGGUUCGCGGAAAGGAUAAGUUGGAGAAGUUCAGCGACAUGCUUAUCAACCCGUAUAUCCCGCCGCAGUAAGGGCUUGAUACCUAGUUUGACAGGAUACGAGAUGAACUUAGCAGCUUUUUCGGACGAAUUAUGAAAAGACUAGAGGAUAAUGAAUGAUCGAUCAUCCUGGUUAGAUGUAUACGUAGUUAUAGGAACUGAAGAUUUGAAAUCCCGGGAACAAUAAG